AAUGUGGGGGGCACACUGUACUCCACUACGCUGGAGACCCUGACACGCUUCCCAGACUCCAUGCUGGGGGCCAUGUUUAGGGCCGACACCCUCAUGCCAGCCAGCCUCAACCCGCGAGGAGACGGCCACUACUUCAUAGACAGGGAUGGCAAGGCUUUCCGGCACGUCCUCAAUUUCCUGCGGCUGGGCCGGCUGGACCUGCCCAGGGGGUAUGGGGAAACCGCGCUUCUCAAAGCCGAGGCCGACUUCUACCAGAUCCGGCCCCUCCUGGAUGCCCUGCGGGAGCUGGAGGCCUCCCGGGGCCCGCCUGCACCCACGGCCGCCCUGCUCCACGCGGAUGUGGACGUCAGCCCCCGCCGGGUGCACUUCUCAGCCCGAAGGGGCCCCCACCACUACGAGCUGAGCUCCGUGCGCGUGGACACCUUCCGAGCCAACCUCUUCUGCACGGACCCCGAGUGUCUGGGCGCCAUGCGCGACCGCUUUGGCGUGGCCAGUGGGGACCGGGCAGAGGGGGGCCCGCAUUUCCGUCUGGAGUGGGCCUCCCGCCCCCAGGAACUCCCUGAAGCCGAGUAUGAGAGACUGGGGCUGCGACCUCUGUGGACCGGCGGGCCGGAUGGUCGCCGCGAGGUGGUGAGCGCGCCUGCCUUCCUGGAAGAGGUGCUGCGCGUGGCCCUGGAACACGGCUUCCGCCUGGACUCUGUCUUCCCAGACCCCGAAGACCUUCUCAACUCCAGGUCUCUGCGCUUUGUCCGCCACUGAGGACGCUUCAUUGCCCUUCACUCGACUGUGGAGAGGGAGGGAACGCCUCUCCCUAAACCAAUUUCUGGUCCUGGGGUGGGGGCUAUGAGAGUCAGGGUCCCAGCACACAUGACUGGACCUUAAGAUGUCGGCUGGGACUCCCCAGUCCGGCGGCCUCCACCGCGGGGACUCACCAACGACCCAGACCUACACUGGGGCUUAUCCUGGGAAAGCAUCGUGGCUUCUCUAGCUUGUUCCUGCUUGAGGAUGGGUCCUCAGUGUUGCCCAGGCUAGACCGAGCAGAACUCUGGAGGGUUGAACACGAGGGUGAAGGACCUUGAAUUACCAAAUGUGACCUCUCCCCUAGACGGUGGCGUCCCCUGCUGGAGUCUUAUCCGACUGUGACCAUUAGGAGGCCAGGGCACGCUGGGAGGUGCCUUCACCGUGUCUCAAGCCACCCACUGUGGGGAGAGUGAAAGUAGCCGCCCCAUCCUAGGCUGAUACUCGGGAGCUAGGAGAGCAGCAGUGUGGGGCUAGUGCACCCUCCGGAACGCCAAGUGUUCUAGAGGAGGCUGUGCAGGUGGCGCUUGGACGUGGGGAAGAUGGCGGCGUGUGCGGGCGCGCGCGCACGCCAGCCGACGUGGCUGGCACCUUGGGUCAUUAGCGUUGCUGACUCCUGUGUUUAUGUGACGCUCCUGUGAUCUUGGCGUGUCCGGGCCUGUUUGGAGUUGCUUAGCAACUCUUUGGGCUCAGGUAUAUCUGUGGUAUGUGUGAGAGCAGAUUGAGAUUUAGUUUAAUCAUAGGGUGUGUACGUGUUUGCGUGCGCGUGUGUGUGUGUGUGUGUGUGUGUGCGCGAGAGAGAGAGAGAGAGAGAGAGAGAGAGAGAGAGAGAGAGAGCGCCCUCACCGCCACAUAGGCAGGAGCGCCUUGUCCGAGUUCAUGUCACUAGACUCUUCCUAUGCGAGUGAAACACACUGGGCUUAGCUGGCCCCGGAGACCUCUCCAAGCUCUCGGUUGCUGAGACAACCAUGAGCCUGUUGCUAGGAAAUAGCUGGGGAAGGCCUAGCGCCGUCCUGGGCAGAGAGGAGGUGGAGAGGCUUGGGCGAGCUGGGGAGGACAUGGGAAGGGGCAGCAUUUCUUCAUCCUGGGUGGAGGGCUGCACAGCAUGUCUGCAUGGGCGGAGUCGUUCUUCGGUCACUGGGACUUAAAGGAGGAAAAUAAAACUGCUUUCAGACCCACA